GGGGGCGGGGCAGUGGUAGUGCAGGCCCCGCCUAUCGGCAGGACGUCACUGCGGGCACCGGCGGACGGUAGAAGGCCCGUUCGGGUGCAGCCGGUGUGCUCGGAGUCCCGGGGGGAGCCUUGCUGGGUCCGCAGGGAACGGGAGGAACAGAGGCGCCCGGCUGUAGCUGUGGGGUGGCGUAGGCUGGCUCCCGCACAGCCUGGCUCCCUGGCGGCCGACGAUGAGUUUGACCCCUUCGAGGGGAUGCCUCCUAGACCUGCCCUGGGAGGACAUCUUGGUCCCGCACAUCCUCUGCCAUCUGCCGCUGCAGCAGCUCCUGGGUCUGCAGAGGGUCAGCAAGGCGUUCCAGGCGCUUGUCCAGCUGUACCUGGCCAACAUGCGCUGCUUUGACUCCAGCCAGAUUGGCCCGGCUGUCCCUAGAGCUGCUUUCCUUAACCUGCUGAAGGACAACAAAGUGCUGCAGCAGCUGGCGCUCCAGAACUGCUCCGACUGGCUGACAGACAGGGAGCUGCUCCCAGUCAUCACGCGGAACCACCACCUGUACCACAUCCAGCUGAAGGGCUGCGCCCAGCUCAGCUGCCACGCGCUGAUGGUCAUCUCGGUGAACUGCCCCAACCUGCGGUGGCUCUCCCUGGCUCACUGUGAGUGGGUGGACAGCCUGUCCCUGCGCAACCUGGCCGACCGCUGCAAGGCGCUGGAGGCUGUGGACCUGACAGCCUGUCGGCAGCUGAAGGAUGAGGCCAUCUGCUACCUCGUGCAGAAGUGCAGCAGGCUCAAGUCUCUCUCGCUAGCUGUCAAUGCCAACGUGGGUGAUGUGGCAGUGGAGGAGACUGCCAAGUGCUGUCCUGAGCUGGAGCACCUGGACCUCACGGGGUGUCUGCGAGUCAAGAAUGACUCCAUCAGGGUUCUGGCUGAGUACUGUCCCAAGCUGCGCUCGCUGAAGGUGAAGCACUGCCACAAUGUGGCUGAGUCCAGCCUGAGCGUUCUUCGAAACCGUGGAGUGGAGCUGGAUGUGGAGCCUCUGCCGCAGACUGCUCUUGUUCUCCUGCAGGACAUGGCUGGCUUUGCCCCUUUCAUUAACCUCCAGAUCUAGAACUGCUGCUGCUAUUGGGAGGGGGACCAACAUGACGCUGGGAUCCCUGGUGGACGCCGGAACUGGUUGCUGCUGAGAUGUGCAGAGGGAGAAGUCGAUCCUGUUGGUGAGGCUGGCCCAUGAAGGUCUCGCUCUUCUCUCUGGGGCUGUUUAACAGCCACUGCACGUUUGUGAGUGAGCUCUGUGUGUACCUCCUGGGGAAGUAACUCCCUCCAAAGCGGAGAGGGUGAAGGACUUGCAGGAACACCAUAGUGCUGAACAGGCAGUGGCCAGACCAGCUAAUACACAGGAUUUAUUAUUUGUUGUAUUUUAAAUCUCAAAGUUGCAGUUGUCCAGAGAGCAGGAGAAAGUCUGAUGAGGACUGUGGACUAUCAUCUUCUGGGAAGGGUGUGCAGGGCAUGCCAGCAGAGCUGUUGAGAACAAUCCAGGCCAGCUGGAGUAUCAAGGAGAAAUGCUGGCAGCCCUCAUUUUGGGAGGUGAGCUCUGGGAGGAAGGCAGUGUAAGCCCAGUGCCAGCCUGCAGCCCCAGCAUGGCAGUGUGUGUGCAUGUGUGUGCGUGCAGACCUAGUACCCUGCCAUAGGCAGUGGGUUAGCACAAGACAGGAAUUGUUUUCUAGGGGAAUGUGCUCCUAACUGCAAUUUCAGUAGAGGGAAAGCACCAAACCUCACUGUGCUACUGCUGAGCAGUUGGUUGUUGCUAUUUGUUUCUUCCAGAUUCUUAUUUACAUUUCUGUAGUACCCAGGCCUGCUCCUACAUCGUGCUCCACAUUGCAUAGUCUUGUCAUUCAAUAGUGGUUAGAAAUGGCAAUUGCCAAAUGACCUGGCCACGCUGUCAGCUGGAGUUCAUGGAGUGCUGCAGGUUGUGCUGGCAGGGAGAGCCCAGCUCUUGUUUAGAGUCUAGUCUCAUCCUUUGCGUCCAGUAAGUGGUCAACCCAAGAGUAGCUACUUGUUGUAGUAAGCACGAUGAAGAUAGUGAUCAGGUGACCUAGCUCCUGUCUUUCCCUUGAAGAGGGAUUAGAGGCAGUGUCUGUAAAGCAUGUGCAUGCUUCAGCUGAAAUACACACCA